AUGUCAAAGAGAACCAAGCUAAUAUUAGAACGCGCAAGAAACGCUUUCAAUGAUUCCAACACCAAAGACGAGAAAUGUGAGAGCCCUGGUCCAUGCAGCACAAAAUCAAAAAACUUACCUUCUCUUCAUUUAAAUAACUCAUCUUUUUGUGCCAACGAAGAUGAAAAUAUGAUAGUAGAAAUCCCAUGGGAAAAAUGUCAAUACAACGAACAGACUCCUAUUAUUGUAGAAGAAACUGUUGAUACUAUUAUAUCGAAUGUGACGCCUGCCAGAGAGAUUAUACCUGGUUGUGAAAAAAUGCAUUCUGAGACUAUGCUUACGAAUACUGAUGACGGAAUUCCUAUCGAAUAUUCUGCAGUCCCUAGUCUAACCAACGUCACGCCCACCAAAUAUUUUGAUUUUUCUGACAACGGUUCUUCCGAUGAGUACGUACCUAGCAGUUCAAGUGACGACAAUAGUAGUGUUUCUGACGAGGAUUCUGAUUAUGUUGACAAAAAAAACAGAUGCCAAAAAAAAAGAUGUAUUUCUGAAGCUACGGAGCCAGAAGUGUUGAAUAUGUCACCAGAAACAAGAAAUAGGCGAGUAUGAUGAUAACAUCUGGCUCUCUGCCACUCGACACCAGCCGGACGGAGCACUCCGAACAGUCGGCACGAAACACGGCUGUCAAGGGAUGCCUGAGAAGAGAAACGGAACUUAGCCACAGAAGGUCAAUGGUCAAGCGUCAAGAAAUGACAGGAAGACCAGUUCGCGCUCUUUCGGAAUGGACCAACAACAAAAUAAAAUACACAAUUAAAACAUUG